GACGCGUUCGUUUUAAUCUUGCCUAGUGUAAAUGCCUUUGCGUGCUCCACAAAUUAUAAGGUUAAGGAUAUUAAAAUAUGCUUUAUAUAACUAAGAAAACUUAAAGUGUUGAAACUCUUGAAGUUAUUGUAAGCAUUACAAAUUUGAAUGAAGUUAUUGAGUGUAUAACCUAUAUUAUUCUCCAUGUGGUGGAAUCAUAUAAACUUGGUAAAAGAGUGUAACAGAGACCCACACUUCUAUGUAUAAUAAUUCUGUAGAAUAUUGCAGUAUUGGAAGGAUUCCAUUUUUGCUAUAAUUAUUUGCAACAAAGAAGAUUUAAUACCAUUAUUAUAUUGGAAAGUGUGGCCUGUAUCAAAACCGUCUUCGGAGAAGCUAUUGUACAGAUUCUAGUAGCUCUGUCAUAAAUGUAAGAGGGGUCGUUCCAAAUCAGGAUUUCUCUGUCAUAACAAACUUUUUGAGAAAGAGUAGAAUCAGUUCUGGAAAGAUGACACUCCCAAGUGCUGCCCGAGUUUAUACAGAUGUGAAUGCACACAAACCGGACGAGUAUUGGGACUACGAGAAUUAUGUAGUUGAAUGGGCUAACCAGGAUGAUUACCAGCUGGUUCGAAAAUUGGGUCGUGGCAAAUACUCCGAAGUAUUUGAAGCUAUUAAUAUUACAACGACGGAGAAGUGUGUGGUUAAAAUCCUCAAACCAGUAAAGAAGAAGAAAAUUAAGCGUGAAAUAAAAAUACUAGAGAAUUUGCGAGGUGGAACUAAUAUAAUUACUCUAUUAGCGGUUGUAAAAGAUCCCGUUUCACGUACUCCCGCUUUGAUAUUUGAGCACGUCAAUAACACCGACUUUAAACAAUUAUAUCAAACUUUAACGGACUAUGAGAUCCGUUACUACUUAUUUGAAUUACUGAAGGCUCUCGACUAUUGCCAUAGUAUGGGCAUUAUGCACAGGGAUGUAAAACCUCAUAACGUUAUGAUUGAUCACGAAAAUCGUAAAUUGCGCCUGAUUGAUUGGGGUUUGGCAGAAUUUUAUCAUCCUGGCCAGGAGUACAAUGUUCGAGUGGCGUCUCGAUAUUUCAAAGGGCCGGAGUUGCUUGUUGACUACCAAAUGUAUGAUUACUCAUUAGAUAUGUGGUCUUUGGGCUGUAUGUUAGCUUCAAUGAUUUUUCGGAAAGAACCCUUUUUUCAUGGACACGAUAACUAUGACCAACUCGUCCGUAUUGCCAAAGUGCUUGGCACUGAAGAAUUGUAUGCAUAUUUAGAUAAAUACAAUAUUGAGCUAGAUCCUCGAUUCCAUGACAUUUUACAAAGGCACUCUCGAAAGAGAUGGGAAAGAUUUGUCCAUUCGGAUAAUCAGCAUCUUGUUUCACCAGAGGCCCUUGAUUUUCUUGAUAAGCUUUUGCGUUAUGAUCAUGUUGAAAGGUUGACUGCACGUGAAGCAAUGGCUCACCCCUACUUUUUACCAAUUGUGAACGGGCAAAUAAAAUCUACCAAUCAGCAAUAAAAGUAUAUAUGUACAAUUGUAAACAUGCGUUGUCCGAAUGGAGGUUAAAAGUAACUUCAUAGAUGAGCAACUUAAUUAAUACCAUCAAAAAAUUAGUUUAGUACGAAUCGACUCCAAAACAGAAGGGGAAUCUAAAAAAUUUUUAAUAAACCAUGAAAUUAUACAUAACUUA